AUGUCCCGCUACGGUUUAUUGAUCCACCCUGCAUACCUUGAGCAAUAUUUUCCACUUUUAAUGCUUGUCGAAACGGCGCUGAAUUUUGCUCUGUUAGCUGCCUAUCUUGUAUUUUAUCAUCUACUGACCAAGCGUAGGCGUUUUCAUCCAAAUCUAACAUUUCUACUGCUAUUUCAACCCGGCAUGUCGGUGGCGCUCGAGCGUUAUAUUGCUACCAAAAACCUUGCGACCUAUGAAGACCGCAAAAGGCCAGAUUUGCUUGGCGCAAAGAUCGCGUUUUCGAUGGCUCUUUGCUUCACCAUGUUCUGCCUUAUCAUGUAUAAAACCCAAAUAAACUUCAAAACUUCGCGCCUCUUCCUUCGCAUAGCCCCAUUUAAAGCACUCGCUGCAAUAAUACCACUGCUCAUCUACCAGCGGCUGGUCAGCCAUUCGCAAUUCACCCAGACUUUCUGGGCCUACAUCUUGUUUUACGUGGUGAUAUUUGAGCACAUUGUCCAGAUCAGUCUCUACAUAAUUCUGGACUAUGAAUUGAAGACGAGGUUUUUGGCACUGUUCCAAUGUGACUUUUCAAUCUCCGACGCGAAUAUUCGGAAUGCUGAGGGGAGACGCUUGAAAUUUGCCAGCAAAGAGGAAGCCGAAAUCUAUUUUCGACAACUCGAAAAUAUGUGGAAA